AUGGCCCGCAAGCGCAAGAAGUCAAACCCAGAUGCUGCAGACACAUCGGACGGCCGCGAUGGCCUUCCACUGGCAGGGCCCUCGCCUCCUGAGCCUAUUCAUGCCUCCGGCUCGAGCAGAACUCUCCGUCCUCGCAAGCCUCCCCGGCCCGGCUCUUAUGCGUCGGUGUCUCUCGCUCGACGGCCUGCACCUGUAGAGGAUCGUCUUGAGCGCAAAAUAAAGCGCGCUCGUCUCGGUGCUCACGACGCAAGGCUUGAUGACUCGUCUGAGGCCGCGCACUCGAACUCUGAAACAAGUAUGGGCCGUUCUCAUAUUCGUACUCCUGGCAACGUUUCAGAUUCUCCUCCUGAGGCUGCCUCACCAAGUCCUGCCCCAGCUGGGUCUCUCUCUUCGCCUCGUCAGUUCUCUGAAUCUGCGGAUCAAUACCAGCCGAGCACGACACGUUCUCCCCCUGGCAUUUCUAGUGAAGUCCUUGCUUGUCCUCCGGAUCCUACCAUGACACCCAUCUCUCCUGCUGUGGCACUUCCUGCUCCACGCUGCUUCACCCCAUGGUCCGACCUCCCCCAAGCACAGCAAGAAGCAAUUCGAGCUCAAUGUCAAGAGAAGAUCGAAGCAGUGCGCGUUGAAGAUCCUAGCCUCAGAGUUUUUCGCUGGGGCCAGCACCAUGCGCUGUUUAGUGCAGUUGGACUGCGUUAUACGCGUAAUGAAAAGGACGCUGUGGCCAUACUUGAGGAGGACAACACUGUGUCGACUGCUGCAAACAUAUUCAAGGUCGAGGUAGAGAGAGGCUCGGAGGGGCAGGUCACGUCAGCUGUCGUGGAGAGCUAUUAUAAUCUCAUCAAUCACAAAGUAUGGCACGGCCGCCCCAUCAUCCCUGACACGCCAAAGAAGGAGAAUUACGCGGUAGUGAUGCAACAGCUCAAAGACGUUUUAUAUAUCGAGUAUAAACCAGUCUUAGACUUCUUUCGAAGCGGCGACCUAGUAUCCGGUCGCUUUAGAGUCGGCAGUGGCUCUAUGGUGAGCAUGAGGCUGGACAGGCUUUAUUCUCCCCCCGCAGAACUCUCAGAGCAAGUGAAGAGUCUCGCCAAACCUCACCAGAACUCGAUCCUGAUUGGCCCCAAGGGACAAGGCAAGACUGACGCUUGCAUGCAACACUCUAUGAAUACAGGCGCCAUUAUACUCCCGCUUCGCCCAAAAGAGGAGGCUCUACACAAACAGUUUCCCGAUGGAUCUGCCUUUUAUGGCUCCCAGAGCCUUCAUCUAGCCAUAACGGAGACCCUGAAGAACAAGACCAAAUUUGGCCCUAUCGCUGACGACCCCAAGCAAAUAGAGCACAACCGAGACGCGUCCGAACACAUCGCUUACACAGUCGCCGGUAGCCAUCUAUUUGUCUUGAAUGCCUUCCUGGAUUGCAGACCGGAGCACAUAUCCCUGGAGGACUGGUUGCGUGAGUGGCCCGCGAUCCAAACGGCCUCUAGCCUGUUGCCGUUCGACCCGGAUCGUAUUGGUCCCACCAAGGACAUCUUUGUGCGUUGUACUGAGGUGCUUCGAACGGCGCCUACGAUAGAACUUGUCCGCCUCAUCCAUGGUCUCUCUGAUCAAAUCAAGUUGAAAGCUCCAAAGCUCAGGGAGAAUCUCUCUCUGGUGGUGACGAACGCCAGCUACGGCCUGAAUCACUUCAACACUGAUCACUUCCGCCUCCGUGAUCGCCCUGACGAACCUUGCUCGGUUCUGCCCGAGUUUCUCCAUGCCUGGUUGGCCCUCGAGGACGUCUUCACCAGCACUGUCUUUUCUACUCAGAGCGGCGUAUCGGCGGGAACCAUGAAGCGCGCUCUCGAGUCUACUGCGGCCUCCUUUGACUUUGAAACGGUCGAGGUUCCCAUUACUGGCGGAUUUUGGGACGCCGAGGAUCACUGGACGUUUUUAGAGGACAAGCUUAAGGGCUGGGCUAAGGAACGCAGGAUACCGCGGAUGGAUUUCGAAAGGUUUCUGAAUCGGGCCGUCUAUUGGCUUUGUGGUCCCUACGAGUUAUCUGCGUGGCUGAUCGAAAUUAUACUCCAGACGAAGACAAUAUCUCCUCAUCGUGUCCUGAGUCGCAUCGUCUCCUUCUGGACUGGUUGGCUUAUCACGUGUGGUGAAAAGUUUGAGUCUGCUGAACCUGCGCUUGGGGAUGACGUCGAGCAGACUAUAAAACGGGUAGUAGUCCAUCCUAUGGACUGGACUGCUUUUGAUAGCCUCCCCGAGGGUGUCAAACAAACCAUCUACACCAUCACCGUUAUGCAGCAGCUGGGCGGAUAUGCAACUCCGGUCAACAGAGAGACGGCCAAACUCAUCGAAUCCAGUGUCGGAAAGCUAAUCUACGACCAUAGUGACCCGACAGAUGUCCAAAAGGUAAGGUUCGCCGCACCGAUAGUGUUUUCUGCGGUGGCCGUCCAUUGCAGGAAGGAGCUUCUGGAGCAUAUGACAACCGUCUACCAGAACAUGCCCGAGUCCCACCAGAAAGGCUCCAACUUUGAAAACCAAAUCGCAGUCGUCACCGUAGAUGCGAUGGGCGAUUUCGCACCGUUGAAGGACCUCCUCAACCUCCCCAAGGGGCUCGAACACCUAGCUGAACGUCGAUUCCGUCUGGUCAGUGUUCACACGGAGUCUGGUGAGUACGUCGUAUCGGCAGUCUCGCCGAACUCGGGCGCUUCCCCCCAGCUCGCCUUCAAGGCAAGGAGGGCCACCGAUUACCGGGACGAGCUCAAGGUUCCCAAAGGCGCGGCAUUCAUUCGGCCAGACCCUAAUGCUGGUCCCGACAUCCAUUGCCUGCUGCAGUCGGAGGAAAAUAGAAGUUGGUACAUCGAGCUCGUGAUACAGGCCAAGUUCACCGAGAAUCCGAAGGGUUUGACGAACACCGUGCUCAAAGAGGCGAUCGAGAGCCUCGACCCCGAACACUUCCAUAUGCGGUUUGACCACAAGAAGAAGAAGAAGUGGGUCUGGUCAACCAAAGCUGGCCCGGAAAUUCGCAAGGAGAGGGCCAAGGUGCAAAAGGCGCUGAAAUCAGACACAAAACGGGGCGGCCUUCCCGAGAUGAUUUGUGUCCUUGCGAUCGCGGCGAUAGCUCAGCCGAAGCUGUCCAAGAAGCUAGAAAAGGAGCUCGCGGAGCAUGAUCCCCCAUACGCGUUCCUGAGGCUCGACCGCUUCCCGAAACUCUUCGGUGCCUGCUGGCUGGCCUCUCUCCAGGAAAGCAUUGCUGAGCCUCCGAUGGCGAGGCUUUCUUAA